GCAAUUUCCAGCUCUAGAAAGAGUGGUUCCUGGCCUUCAUAUUCCCCAGGUUUGCGCUCGGUGCCGGCGACCAUGUCGACGUCUCUUGCGGUACCGAUCACGACGCCAACCUGGCGGGAAUCCAGCAUACUGUCCGUGCUUGGUCGCGCGCUCGCGUCGCCUCCUCCCCGACUUUUUCUCCUCUUCACGCCCCUCUUAGCCAUCUCUGAGCUCGUCAUGCUCCUUUCCAACAUGGAGUUUAAUCUUUACGUCGGCAUCCGCUGGGACGUCUUCCUCCGCGAUCACUGCAAACCGCUUGUGGCCACGCUGGACGGCCUGUACGCGCUGACGUGGUUCACCCUCCUUUCACCGCUCGCGUACCUCUUUGCCCUCUCUCGGCUUCGGACAGACGGCACACCUGCGCGGCCCGUGCUCGUCGCUGUUACCAACGCGAUCUGCGUGCUCCUCCCGAGCUCACUCUGGGUCACCGUAGCGAUAUCAGUCACAGUAACCACGAGCCGCUGCGAAAUCCGUCACGAGCCGUACUUCGACUCCCGCCCACUGCUCAUCCUCUGUGCCGUCACAUGGACACUAUGCCUCCAUCAUGCGAUCGCCGUUUACGGCGCGACCGCAGCCGCUUGCCGUCGCAGACAAACGGCGCCGCUUGGCGAACUGUCCCCCCUCCGUCAGUCAACAUGACAGAAAACUUGAAGGCACGACCCCUGCUACUGAUACAUGCAAUAUUGGUUUCGUCGAGGCACGCGGAUUCGCUAUGUUCUCCGCACGUGGGCACUGCUUGGGGCCCGAAACUCUGGCUAGUUCGGCGAUCGGGAGUUGAGAGGGGUGUGAUCAUAUGAGCAUCUCGCCUCCUACUCGCGAUGUCGUAGACUUACUAGAGUGUGAACACAACACUUCUCUGAAGUCGGCCUUAUUGUCAAUAAGUAGCCUUGCAACCUGCUCCUAUCUCGUGUCUUCGAUAAUCUGCAUCUACUUCAGCUACGACCUUGUCUGUGACCGUGGUCGUGCUCAGAUGGCCGCGACGCAGGAGCGGUGGCGUUGACAAUACGGCGACCCUCGAGGAGCAUGGCUACGCACCCGGAGACAACCACAUCGAGGCUCGCGCUGAUGUGCAGUGCGCCGCUGAUACUAAGAGUAUUUGCCCGACAUGUUUCUCCAUUUGCACUCGCCCGACGUCAGAACCCACCAUUCCCCGACGCAACCCACCUCCGUCAGCACAGCCACCACCUAUGCCGGGCGAUCCACAGCUGCCUCCGACGCCCAGCGCCCAGUGUCCUGCUGUCCUUUUCUCUCCUGACGAAGGCUCUGCUCGAUCAGCAUAAGUUAGGUGGCUAUCGGACAAGGCUUAAUCAGCGACAGUCAUCCAGGUCCGCGCAUAAAAUGGCGUUCCGCCGCUGCGCUUCGUGGUUAAGCACAUCCCCCC